GCUCUCAUUUCUUCUUCUGAUAUUCGCUCUCAACUCACUCUUUCUUUUUUUUCUCUCUGUGGAAAUUUUGUUGUUGUUGUUGUUGUCGUUGUUUAUUGUGAUUUCUGGGAUUCCGAUCCACCAUUGCCGGAAACCAUGGGUCCUCCGGUGAGUCCCUCGUGACUCCACUCUCUCCAUGCAUGAUCCGAGUCACCGUCGUUGCCUCCAGAUUUCUCUACUCUACCAUGGCUUUCUCGGAAGGAUUUGGCGUCUUCAAGUUCGUUUUGUAGUAUCGGCAUAUCAGCUUUUGUUAUUGACAACGGUGGCUUUAGUAUUUAUAGUAUUUGAUGUCCUCGCAAGAAAAGAAGGCGUGUUUUCACAUCAAUUUUUGCGCGGUAGAGAGGAUUUGAAGCAGCCCUGGUGGCUGCUCCGCGGCCGGUAAUGGACACAUACUCCUCUGGGGAAGAACUGGUUAUUAAGGCAAGGAAACCAUAUACGAUAACUAAGCAACGGGAGAGAUGGACGGAGGACGAGCAUAAUAGGUUUCUAGAAGCCUUGAAGCUUUAUGGACGAGCAUGGCAGCGGAUAGAAGAACAUAUAGGAACAAAGACUGCUGUGCAGAUCAGAAGUCAUGCACAGAAAUUCUUUUCAAAGUUGGAGAAGGAGGCUCUUGUUAAAGGUGUUCCAAUAGGCCAAGCUCUUGACAUAGAUAUUCCACCUCCACGCCCUAAAAGGAAACCAAGCAAUCCUUAUCCUCGAAAGACAAGCAUUGGCGCUCCCACAUCACAGGUGGGAACGAAGGAUGGAAAACUUUUCACAUCAGUUUCUUCUUCGGAUUGCAAACAAGCACUGGACUUGGAGAAAGAACCACUUCCUGAGAAACCUAAUGGAGAUGAGAAACCAGAAAAUGCAAAAGACAAUCAGGACGACAAUUGCUCAGAAGUCUUUACCCUUCGCCAAGAAGUUCAUUGUUCUUCUGUUUCUUCAGCAAACAGGAGUUCUGUACCGACUCCCAUCGCACUCAGAAAUUCAAGCACGUUAAGGGAGUUUGUCCCUUCAAUGAAAAGGUCAAUAACCCAAGAUGAAACAAAUGAAUCUUAUGUCACUAUUGAACUUAAAGGAAAUCAGAAGUUAGAGAAAGCUGAUGCCAAACAGACAAUUCAAGAUUCUGGCACAAGUAAGGGCUCAAAGUUGGGGAAUCAUAAUGUUCCACAUGAGAAGCCAAUUCAAGGUGACAAGACAGAGAAUUUAAAUUGUGCUUUGCCAAUGGAUGAGAUGCAAGCCACUCAGAACUACCCAAGGCAUGUACCUGUGCAAGUUGUAGAUGGAAGCUUAGGAACAUGUACUCAAACUCCUUCCUCAGAUAUGUCAUUCCAGGACUCCAUAUUUCACCCAAUGGGAGAGAUUCACGGACACCAUAAUCCCUUUACAAAUCCAGCGGCAUCUGCUACCACUGAACAUCAAAAUAAUGUUCCCAGAUCUUCUGUUAAUCAAUCAUUUCCAGCUUUCCAUCCUCCCUUUACCCCGAUUCGCCAUAACCAUGACGACUACCAAUCAUUUCUCCACAUGUCCUCCACAUUUCCAAGCCUUAUUGUCUCUACUUUGAUGCAAAAUCCUGCAGCCCAUGCUGCAGCGAGUUUUGCAGCUACAGUUUGGCCCUAUGCAAAUGUGGAGGCUUCUGCAGAUUCUCCUGCAAGCACGCAAGGGGUUUUUCCACCGAGGCAAAUGGGCUCUACUCCAAGUAUGGCAGCUAUUGCUGCUGCUACUGUAGCUGCUGCAACUGCAUGGUGGGCAGCCCACGGACUGGUUCCCUUAUGUGCUCCUCUUCCUACUGCUUUUACCUGCAAUCCUGCAUCUACAGCUGCAGUUCCACCAACAGAUUCUGGCCAAGCCCCUGCAGCCAAGACAGAGGGAGAAGUGAAUACUCUUCAAAAUCCUCCCUUGCAACAACUCGACCCAGAAUAUUCAGAAGCUGUUCAAGCUCAGCAUUCAGCCUCAAAAUUGCCAAUUCCAUCAUCAUCAGACUCUGAGGAGAGUGGAGGUGCAAAGCUAAACUCUGGGCCAAAAGCUACUGAUCAUGAGAAUGCUGUAGCAGCUACCGAGCUCCAUGAUUCAAACAAAACAAAAGGCAGAAAACAGGUUGACCGUUCCUCAUGUGGUUCCAACACAACUUCUAGCAGUGACAGAGAGACAGAUGCAUUAGAGAAGCAGGAGAAAGGGAAGGAAGAGCCAAAAGAACCUGAUGCAAACCAUUCAGCUGCUGAUACUAGUAAUCGUCGUUGUUGUAGUAGUAGUAGUAGAAGUGUCAGCUACAUGAAUGAUUCCUGGAAGUCAGUCUCUGAAGAGGGCCGGCUGGCCUUUCAAGCACUGUUCUCUAGAGAGGUACUGCCUCAAAGUUUUUCACCUCCACAUGAUCUGAAGAACAUGGGGAAUCAAAAGGACAUUACCACAGACGAUAAGCAAAAUGCAAAUGAGAAUGAUGGAAAUGCAUCACUGUUAGACCUCAACAGUCAAACAUCUGGGUCUUGUUCUGGCCAACAAGGAAUCUUAAACUUUGAAUGCAACAACAACGGGGAGGGGCUGCUGUCAAUAGGGCUUGGAUAUGGAAAGCUUAAGGCUCAUCGAACGGGAUUUAAGCCAUACAAAAGGUGUUCAGUAGAGGCCAAGGAAAAUAGGGUGGCAAAUGCUAGUAGCCAAGGUGAAGAGAGAGGUCCAAAGAGGAUACGCUUGGAAGGGGAGGCUUCAAUUUGAGAUUUGAUAUUGCAUUCAAUCAAAGGAAACCUUUGUUGUUGCAUAUCUUAUUUUCUCCUUAUCUAUGUUCUAAUCUCUUUCAUUUCAAGUCCAUCUCACGAAACUUGUCGUGCAUGUGUGUGUACUAUAUUAUGUCUACAUUUGCUCAUAUACUAUGUUGAACCCCAUGCAACUGCACUAGAAGACUUUCCUAAAUAGACUUAGAUAAGAAUCGUUCAAUUGUCGAAUAA